AUGGCUACUACUCAACCAGCAUACGAUUAUUCAGCUUAUGAUUAUCCGUACGAUCCAAGUUCAACAGCUGCCUAUCCAACUUAUGCAAGUUAUGAAGCCAGUGCAUCGUAUGCGCCACAUGGAACAUAUGAUAGUUAUGCAGGUUCCGCACCUUAUCCUACAAACGCUUCUUCAACUGCUUCGCCAUAUGCAAGUGUAGAUCCUUAUGCUGGUUAUGCCGCUGCAGCUUAUGGUUAUCCUCCAAUAGCAACUGGUGCCGGUGCUGCACCAGUAGCUGCAAGUCAAACUUCGUAUCCACCAUCUUAUGGUUCAUCGCCAACAACUGGUUAUGCAUAUGAUUCAAGACGUAUUACACCACCACCAACAUCAUCUGCAGCUAGUCACUAUGCAUCUUAUGAUUACACUUCAAAUGGCGCAUAUGUUGGCGCACCUCCAACAGGUGCCACUUAUUCUCCAUACAAAUCAGUACCGACUGCUAAUGGUUCACCAUCGGCAAGUGCCUAUCCGACUUAUCCUGCUGCUGCUCCACCGCAUGGAACAUAUGGUGUUCCACCAGGCAGUCACCUUUCAGGAGCGAUUGGUACACAUCCUCCUCCUCCAUCUCAUAUUUAUGGUCCACCACCACCUACAGCUGGGAUGAUUCCACGUCGACCCGAUUAUUAUCCACCAACACAAAUACCUCAGCCAAUGCAUUAUGUCCCACACCAAACGCAAGCAAUGCAUUAUCGUUUGCCACCUCGAGGGGGCUAUCAACGUGAACUUGAUGAACCUGGUGAUGAAAAUGCACUUCUUCGACAUGUGAUUUAUAUAACUGGCUUACCAAAAGAAAUUCAAAAUGAAACAUUAGCCGAAGUAUUUGGUGCUGCAUGUGGGCCUAUUGCACCGGUUGAUGUACGCUCACCGAAACCGAAAAUUUGGGUUUAUAAAGAUCGGCAAACACGUGAAGGAAAAGGUGAAGCUACAAUUACGUUUAUCAGUCCCGAAUCGUGUCAAACGGCAAUUAGUUAUUUUAAUGGAAAAGAAUUGUUUGGUCGUGAAAUUCGUGUUACAUUAUGUCCAAGACGUUUGUACAAUAUGCAAAAGCAAAAUACACCAUUCAAUCCUGCUGCACCACCAAUGAAUACAUCAUCAAUGGUCAAACCAAUAAAUACAAAUAAUAUUGUUAAUACAACGGUAACUGACGGUACAACAACCGCGACAACCGUAGUACCUAUAGCAGCAGCAACAACAACAACUACAACACCGUCGUCAUCGACUACUGCUAUAAGCACAAUAUCAACAAUAACAUCAACUCCAGUUACAACAGCUAACCCAAUAGCAACAAUAUCUUCAUCAACACAUGGUUUAUCUCGUCAAUUGAAUCAUUCAUUAUUUAAAUUAAGACAAACACCAGAACAGCAACGUGGUCUUUUACCUACUCCUCCUAUUGCUUAUGGAGCACCUAUUAUCGGCAGUGCAGUUCAACGAGAUGGUGUUCGAAAAGAAUUACCUAGAAUUGCUUUAAAUAGGGGUAACUAUAUGAGUCCAACUGGUGUUCGUCCGAAGCCCUAUUAA